AAUCUGAGACUACAACUCCCAGAACCGCUGGGGGGCGUAUGACAUCACGAGCGGCGCAACUCUAGUGGUGACGCGGUGGACACUGCGCCAGUGAAGCAUGGCGGCGACUGUAGGAGCGGAGAAGAAGCCGGUGCUGGAGAUGGUCCAGGCUAAUGGGACAGACGAGUCCUGUGUGACGUUUGUGCUGCAUGAAGAAGAUCACACGCUGGGGAACUCUCUGCGCUAUAUGGUCAUGAAGAACCCAGAAAUAGAGUUCUGCGGAUACAGCAUAACCCAUCCGUCUGAGAGCAAAAUCAAUUUCCGCAUCCAGACGCGAAAUGGGCUGCCAGCAGUUGAGCCGUUCAGGAAAGGCCUCACUGAAGUCAUGGAUGUCUGCCAGCAUGUACUCAACACGUUUGAGACCAGUAUUAAACGGUACAAUGACCAGAAGGAAAUUCCAAUGGAAUGACUCCAAUUUUAUAUAUGUGGUUGAAUAAUGUGUAUUCUGUAUUAUAAAAUAAUAUUUUUUAAUAA